CCUACCAUCAUUCGAUUCAUCGUUGUUUCGCCAUUUCACUGGUCUAACUUCUUUCUAUAUAAAACAAGCAUCACCUAUCUACACCUUUUUAUUGUUCGAAUAUCCUACAGCAGAAAGCUAUCUUCUUUCCCAAGGUACCUGGAGAUCUCAUAACAACUCAUAAAGAAACGUCACUUUCAAGAUGAAUGAUUUUGCCCCUCCUACCGGCCCUCCGCCCCCACAAGUUCCAGCAGGAUACAAAGCAGUAUGGAACGACCAAUAUAAAGAAUGGUUGGCAUUUCAUCUCCCUUAACAACGCAAUGAGACUAACAAUUGCCCAGGUUUUAUGUAAACAUCUACACCAAAAAGUCCACCUGGGACAAACCCACUGAACCCGUCUACCCAUCCGACGAUAGCGCUCCGGCCGGUCCUCCUCCCGGCUAUUCCGGUGGCUCCUCCUCCAAUUAUCCCUCCGACACAAAAAGUAAUCCCUAUGGCCGUUCUCCCAAUACCGAAAGUGAUGCCGAACUCGCCCGCCGUCUGCAAGCCGAAGAAGAUGCCCGUGGAGGUUCAAGCAGUGGGAUGCGGGGAAACGCUCAACAGGAUUAUCAAAAUACUCCUAUGCCUUCUUAUUCGGAACAGGAACUGCCUCCGCGCGAACAGAAAAAGGGUUUCUUUGGCAAACUCUUAGGAAAGGCUGGUGGAUCAGGUUCAAGUCAUGCGCCGCAGCAACAGUAUCAACAGCAGUAUGCGCAACAACCACAAUAUAGUGGAUAUCAACAACAACAGUAUCCACCACAGGGAUAUCCACCUCAAGGCUAUCCGCCUCAGGGCUAUCCACCACAGCAAGCUGGUUACGGAGGGGGUUACGGAGGUGGCUAUCAGCAAAGACCGCAAAAGAGUGGUGGUGGAGGAUUGGGUAUGGCUGGAGGAGCGGCUUUAGGAUUAGGUGGAGGAUUGAUUGGUGGAAUGUUACUUGAGGAUGCGUAAGUUGUCAAAGAUUGCUAUGAUAUUCCUGGAAGAGAUACUGACUCGUUUCCGAUACAGCAUCCAAGAUCACGAUCAAAAUGAAUACAAUCAAGGUUACGAAGACGGCGCAGAUAAUGGUGGGGACUUUGGCGGAGAUGAUGGAGGAGAUUUUGGUGGUGGUGACUUCUAGUUUUGAGAGGAGGCUACAAGUUUUUGUGAAAUGAUGAAAUGAAUGACAUCAACUCGAUAUUUACUGCAAAUACUCAUGAUGAAUAAAAUUAUUUACUAUGAAAUACUAAGAUCCA